AUGGGCAAGGAGAAGACCCACAUCAACAUCGUGGUCAUCGGCCACGUGGACUCGGGCAAGUCCACCACGACUGGCCACCUCAUCUACAAAUGCGGGGGCAUCGACAAGAGGACCAUCGAGAAGUUUGAAAAGGAGGCGGCCGAGAUGGGGAAGGGCUCCUUCAAGUAUGCCUGGGUGCUGGACAAGCUGAAAGCUGAGCGGGAGCGCGGCAUCACCAUCGACAUCUCCCUCUGGAAGUUUGAGACCACCAAGUACUACAUCACCAUCAUCGACGCCCCGGGCCACCGCGACUUCAUCAAGAACAUGAUCACAGGCACCUCCCAGGCGGACUGCGCCGUGUUGAUCGUAGCGGCGGGAGUGGGCGAGUUUGAGGCGGGCAUCUCCAAGAACGGGCAGACCCGGGAGCACGCACUGCUGGCCUACACGCUGGGCGUGAAGCAGCUUAUCGUGGGGGUCAACAAGAUGGACUCCACGGAGCCCGCCUACAGCGAGAAGCGCUACGACGAGAUCGUCAAGGAGGUCAGCGCCUAUAUCAAGAAGAUCGGCUACAACCCAGCCACCGUGCCCUUCGUGCCCAUCUCGGGCUGGCACGGCGACAACAUGCUGGAGCCCUCGCCCAACAUGCCGUGGUUCAAGGGCUGGAAAGUGGAGCGGAAAGAAGGGAACGCCAGUGGCGUGUCCCUGCUGGAGGCCCUGGACACCAUCCUGCCCCCCACACGCCCCACAGACAAGCCCCUGCGCCUGCCGCUGCAGGAUGUGUACAAGAUCGGCGGUAUUGGCACCGUGCCCGUGGGCCGAGUGGAGACGGGCAUCCUCCGGCCGGGCAUGGUGGUGACCUUUGCGCCUGUGAACAUCACCACGGAGGUGAAGUCAGUGGAGAUGCACCACGAGGCGCUGAGCGAGGCCCUGCCCGGGGACAACGUAGGCUUUAACGUGAAGAACGUGUCGGUCAAGGACAUCCGCAGGGGCAACGUGUGUGGGGACAGCAAGUCCGACCCUCCCCAGGAGGCCGCCCAGUUCACGUCCCAGGUCAUCAUUCUGAACCACCCUGGGCAGAUCAGCGCUGGCUACUCGCCGGUCAUUGACUGCCACACAGCCCACAUCGCCUGCAAGUUUGCUGAGCUGAAGGAGAAGAUUGACCGGCGCUCUGGAAAGAAGUUGGAGGACAACCCCAAGUCCCUGAAGUCCGGCGAUGCGGCCAUCGUGGAGAUGGUCCCGGGGAAGCCCAUGUGUGUGGAGAGCUUCUCCCAGUACCCACCUCUCGGCCGCUUCGCCGUGCGCGACAUGCGGCAGACGGUGGCCGUGGGCGUCAUCAAGAAUGUGGAGAAGAAGAGCGGUGGCGCCGGUAAGGUCACCAAAUCGGCGCAGAAGGCGCAGAAGGCGGGCAAGUGA